AUGCAUUGCGGGAAAACGACCCCCCCGCAAUUACCCCUCACGCCAGAGACUUGGAUGUAUCUCGCUGAUCAGAAGGGGCCGUUUUCAACCUCUCGCGUCUCGUCCCAAAAAAUGGCAAGCAAGAUAUUAUCGAUUGCUGACCUGAAGGAGUCAGCUUCUAGCUCACUGCCCGAAUUCGCGGCAGAAUUCUUCAAUUCUGGUGCCACAAACCAGAUUACCAUGCAUGAUAACAGCGCGGCGUAUGGAAAAUACCGUCUUCUGCCAAGAGUCCUGAGAGAUGUCUCUCGUGUCGAAACCGGGAUCCCCCUAUUUGGCCGGGAUAUAACUUUCCCACUCUGUGUCUCCCCAGCUGGACUUCAAGCCAUGGCUCACCCGGAAGGAGACCUCGCCACCAGCCGGGCCUGUGCGAAGAUGGGUGUCAACAUGGGUGUUUCCUCCUAUGCCAACUAUCCCGUUGAGGAAAUCACCGACGCCGGAAAUAAGGUAGCACCGAUCAAUCAUGUUAUGCAGCUUUACACCUUGAAUGACAAGGCCAAACAAGAGCGAAUCGUUCGCCGAGCAGAGGCUGCAGGUUGCAAAGCAAUCUUUUUGACUGCGGACAGCCCUGUUCUCGGGGUUCGUUGGAACGAAUGGCGCAAUGGAUUCAAGGCUCCGGUUGGCUUAGAUUAUCCCAUGAUUGAGAUAUCCUCAGAUGAAAUCCAGGCCGCAUCCCAUGAUGACGGAUUCGCCGCUGUCAAUUCCGCAUCUCAUAAUUGGGCUGCGGAGAUCCCGUGGCUGCGCAGUAUAACCAAGAUGGAAAUCUGGAUCAAGGGUGUACUUGCUCCCGAGGACGUCGAGACUGCAAUUGAGUAUGGGUGUGACGGGGUCAUAGUUAGCAAUCAUGGUGGUCGUCAGUUGGAUGAGACUCCGGCUACGAUCGAUGCACUUCCUGCCUGUGCUAAGGCUGCGCGGGGCCGCAUUAGGAUCCAUGUUGACGGAGGGAUCCGAUCUGGCGUGGAUAUCUUCAAAGCACUAGCCCUUGGCGCUGAAUGCUGCUGGGUUGGUCGGCCUGCGCUUUGGGCGCUAGCGCAUGAUGGUCAACAGGGAGUCGAGCUCAUGCUGGAAAUUCUCUAUGAUGACUUCAAACGAUGCAUGCAGCUUACUGGUUGUCGGUCAAUCUCUGAUAUUACCACGGCUAGCUUAGCGGUCGUCAAUGCAUCCGGUCCUCUGGCCAGAUUGUGA